CACCGCGGCAGCGUCAAAAAAGGCGCAAGGCUUUGUGUGAUUCAUUCGCGACCAAAAACCAAGGCAUUCGUUCAGCAUUAGUCAUUCGAAACCAACUUAUUAAUGCCAGACUUCCGAAAUCUUCGCAUUUGCGAUGUUAUUGUUUCGGUGGUUUCGAUAUUGCGCGUGUACCAUUGACGUGUAGCUCUGCACACGCUUGUGUCAACUGUAAAGUUGAGUUUUCUUUGCGGUUUCUUUGAAAAUGGACGGAGAAGUUUAAUGAUUGUUAUACCAGCCCUUCGUUGUACCGUCAUCGUCUUCUGCGGACUUUACAACGCUGACGACUGACCAUAAUGAUACUGAGGGAACCUAAAAGCGGCACUAUUGGAGUGUUCAUCCUGAAAGCCUGGCACUGGAUAAUAUGGAUUACGGCAACCACGUAUGCCUUGUGGAGAUUCACAACACACCGUUUGACUCAAAGCUUGCCAGAGCUGGACCCUUUCUCAUUUUCUCAAGGAAUGUUCGGAAUUCACCGACACAGGGACAUUACUGAUCAUGAAUGGAAUGUUACCAUGGAGGCAUAUCACAGAUUCUACCCCGUGCUGUUCUUACAGCCAUUGUUAACACAGCUCCUCUUUCGCUACAACAAACAGCUGGUGCCUUAUUUCUACGCUGCAUACUCCACCGUCUUCCUGCUGUGGAACUACGGUUGGCCCACAACACUACUAUUCUACACGGUGCAUGCCAGCAUGUUCCUAGCCACAUUCUCUCGCAGAGAAUAUGUUUGUUUCAUACUUCUUGUAGUAAUCAUUCUGCAAUCUCAGGCCGACUUACUUCCGUCAUGGUUCAAAGAUCAGUACAGGCAGCACGGUGCAAUGGUAGAAACAAUGACAGAAAGCGGGUUAAGCUGGGUUGGUACUCGGUCGUUGAGCUUUGCAGUAGACUUCAUCCGCGAGUCUCACAAUGAAGAGGACACUCCAGAUUACUGGAAGACCCUGGGUUACGUCUUGUACCUCCCCAGUAUUAUGACAGGCCCACUCAUCAAUUAUUCUGAUUUCCAGAAACAGAUGCUAGAAGGGAGACCCACGUGGACAUGGCGUCGGCUGCUGGGGCAUGUGGUGGAUAUCCUUAAAUGCCUCAUCUUCCAUGUAGCUUACACAUUAACCACGCAUUGGUUCUAUAGCUCAGCGAUGUCUGUGUACCCCAAUGUGGUGCAGUACCUUGAUGCUUGGAGCAAGGCUGGCCUUGCCUUUGGCCUCGUCAUGAUGUUUUACCUGAAGUACCGCGUCCUCUACGGCAUCCCUGUAACGAUAGCCUCUAUGGAGGACAUACGGCUACCUACUUACCCCAAAUGUGUGGGUCGAAUACAUCUCUGCUCCUAUGUGUGGAGGCACUUUGAUCGUGGCUUGCACCUGUGGUUAGUCAGAUAUGUGUAUGUUCCCCUUAUUGGUGGACAUCGAACAGCAGGACGACGUGCCCUCGCAGCAGCAGCAUGUUUCUCCCUAGUGUGGCUGUGGCACGACUUGAACUGGGCCUUAUUUGUCUGGUGUAGCCUCAACUUCUUUGGCCUGAUGCUAGAGUCUUCGGUAUCUGUGCUUCGUACCAAACCUUUUUUGAAAAACCUAGUUCAUUGGUCAGCAUGGCAUGAAGUAUGGGCAGUCUUUGCAGCUCCUCACUACCUCCUCUCCCUCACAUCGAGCAUGUUUUUCUUGGCAAGCCCAGAAGUAGCAUUAUUGCUGCUCGAUACCCUGAUUAUGAGAUUCCCAUUGCCUGUGAUGCCACUGCUUUUGGUGCUGUAUUGCGGAUGCCACGUCUCCAUGGAUGUCAUGACCUGGGAAAGUGCCACAACGGAGAAGUAAUUUUAAGAGUAGCUCUACAGCGAAAAUCUCAGCUCUUUUUGUCGUGUAGGCUCGGUUCUACGAAGUGAUAAUGCUAUCAGUGCAUGUUUUUGCAAGCUAUUUAUCCUGUGUAAGGUAGUCUAUUUCAUUUUGAUCUGAAAAUACUGCACUGGUAUGUACGGAAAGCAUGUUCUGAUAUUUAUUGUGAGCAAGAAAUGCUUUGCAGCAAUUUGUUUAUAUAUUACUGAAGUGCCCAUACUAUUUCAAAGCCUGCACAUUUUCUGCUGCAUUCUAUAGUAUACCUAAAUGUGCUUCGCAACCAGUCGAGCCCGUUUAUUACGACCUACGGUAUAACGAUAACUCCGAUAUUACGAUCAAAUUACUACUUCCUGUCAUCUCAGCCACAUUGAAGUAUAUGUAAACAAGAACUAGAUAUAGCUGUCAUCGUGAAAGCGUUUGCUCGCGUAUAGCGAUCAGCGGCGAUCCGGUGGUCGGCAAAACGUGCUAAAAUCGAGAAGCGAGGUUCCAUUCUUCUUCUUUUCUCUCUCUCUCUCUCUUUGAAAACAAUGGAAGAAGACAAAAAUUAGGAGUAGAAUGAACGCCUUGAAGACACUUUCAAGAGCCAUAGCCUCCGUGCGUAUUAAAGUGAAAACACAGUGCGUAUAGGUGGGGUGCGAUAGGGUGCGCGGUUCACCAGAAAGAAGGAAAAAGCACGGGAAAAGCUAUGGUGUGACGUCACAUGCACGCCACCUAUUAGCGCUCAUAACUGAUGGCGAUAGAUGAGCGCGUUGCAGAGCGUGCGUUUUCGAAGGCGCUCACGAGAAGUAGAGGUGGUUGCUCCCCCUUCACAUCAUUCUCUCGCCCUCAAGUUUUUCUGAAUGUGCUACGAUGGCGUCUGCGGCUCCGGGAAGCGUUUUGACUAGGUGGUGCACAUGAUUCGACUUGAAGUUGCGCGUUGCAACUCAAAGACGUGUCAACGAAUUAUGCGUGGCCGAGGGGCGCUCUACUGGACAACGCAGUUCCGAUAGAGAAAACGAUGACGACUCUAGAUAACGAGCCAUGGACGAAGUCGUCAGUGUUCUGUGCGGAACCCGGCGGUUACGUUGCCCUUGGAAAACUUUUCGCUGCGUCAAUCUAAGAGCUAGGCAAAACGCUUUCGUGCUCUCAACAAACGUGCAUGUUCAACGGCGUUCUACUUUCACCGCUCUACUUCGUUUACGUGAUCCUACCGGCAAGUUCGCGGAAGUUAUUGUUUUACGAUAUUCUGAUGUAACGAUCGGAUUUCGCGUUCCCGUCAAUAUCGUUAUAAACGGACCCGACUGUAUAGCCUGCUCAUAUCAAAGCUGCAGCGCUCAACCUGAACUGCGCUGUACGUCAAAUGUACGUGGUCUGUACUCAACAAGUGAAAACCUUUAUUUAGCUAUGGUGGACAAUAUAUUUGUGGGCAUCAGUGCUCGAGCUGUGAAGUCGACAACAUGUAUCUGGGAUAGUUGGCGUACCUCACCUCAUCCAGGGACGACUCGCUUCAACAAUUGGACUCAACCAACCGCAAUAAGGCAUUCAUUCGAGUGCCUGUCCUCGUCUUUGUGUUUCUUCUGCGUGCCCGUACUCCCUGCACUUCCAAGUUCUUCCAAGUCAUUCUAUUCCCGUUCAAUUCUCAGCUAUAUUGACUACAAGUUUUCUGUUUCCAACUUGUGAUACGUUGAGUAGUCAUAUCGUAAUGUAGUGAGUUUCCGCAUGUACGACCUUUUGUAAAUUUAUGAACAUAAAUGAUGUUUUCAAAACCGUGA